GCAUCCUCUUCGUUACCGUCGUCGGCGUUGCUGUCUUCGUCGUUAUCCUACUGAUUACUACAUAAUUAGUUAAUUACUCAAUUAUAUAUGGCCUCUACCGUUUCAGGGACUGGUGCUCCUUCGUUAAAACGGCCUUCGGCGUCGUUUCGCCUCCGCUGCACGAGUCUCAACUCCCUCCGCCUCCGCCGCAUCUUUGAUAUGUUCGACAAGAACAAAGACGGCUUCAUCACUGUCCACGAGAUCAGCCAAGCCCUAGCACUUCUCGGGUUAGACACUGAAAUCUCCGACCUCCAUUCCACGAUAAAAUCCUUCAUCCAACCCUCAAACGACGGCCUCAACUUCGACGACUUCCUCUCCCUCCACCAAUCCCUCUAUGACACCUAUUUCGACAAUAACAACAACGACGAAGAGGUUGUUGCUUCCGCUGCUGAGGGAGCAUCAACAGCGGCACGCGACGGAAACUCAAAGGAGAAUAUGUUGUCGCAAGAGGAGUCGGAUCUUUCGGAGGCGUUCAAGGUGUUUGAUGAGGACGGCGACGGGUACAUAUCGGCUAAAGAGUUGCAGACGGUGCUUGCCAAGCUUGGAUUCCAGGAAGGCAAUGAGAUUGAUAGAGUUCAGAAGAUGAUCACCUCCGUUGACCAUAAUCAUGACGGCCUCGUCGACUUGUUCGAGUUUAAGCACAUGAUGCGCACUUCCGUUCUUGUUCCCUCCUCUUAAUUAGAGAAAUUUUUUAGUGUGUUUGAAACACGGUUUCGUACACUAAUUAUAUUAUAAUAUUUAGUAUAUCCGGAUGUAUUUCUCGUACACUGAAUGUUUUUUUACUUAAUUAUAUAUUCUUAAUCUACUA